AUGGGUGCUGAGGAUGGCAGGCAUCCAGUUUACAGACAUCAGUCGACUCCCUCGCCGCCUCCGCCUGGAGCCGGGGUAACGUGGGUUGGCCACAACGACGCUCAGGUAAAUCGUCUGCCAACCGUUCGACGAAAGGCCGAGCUGAAAUCUGAUUAUUCACCACCGGGCAGUGUCCCAAAGGAUUGGGUCGUCAGGUCACAGUCUUCUCGUGCCGUAGUUGAUGGUCAGGGUAUUCUUCACUUCUUCCUCAACUUCGAAGUGAAGUGCUGCAACUUCCAUAAAGGGGAUAAGUUCGCCACUGAAUCAGGAGGCUGCUAUGAGAUAGUUGCCAGUGUUCAAUCAUUGGAUAAACUAUGCAAUGAGUACAUGUACUGGAGUAUGAUUGAUUUGGGCCUUGAAGAUAAGCUGUUGGGAUUUAGAGAUGCUGAUUUGGUUUCUUUUGUUCGAAGUGGUGGCUAG